GAGACAAUUGAUUUAACCAGGUUCUUCAGAUCGUCAAGUACUUUAAGCGGAUCAGCUGAUUGAGCUUCGUGGCGCCAUCCCUCCGUUGGGGUCAUACUAUUUCCUCUGUAAUUAUCCGCACGAAAUUCUCAACAUGACUGCGCACAUGGCCUCCCAGGUUAUGCAAUGAUCCUAAGUGUCGAACGCUCUCGACAAAUUGUUGAAUAUAACCGUAAACAAUGUCAUUGCGAUCAACACAGUCCGUAAGUGAAGUUCCAAAAGGGGCUAUUCUGGUUAACGAGAAUGAUGCUCUCAUACACCAGUGGACGAUAAUCAGAUCAUGGCCCAAACUAACAGAAGCAUGGCCUUUUCGGCUUGGAAUACCGUUGCUUGGAGCCGCUGGAACGAUUGGCGGUCUGGCCAUCAAUGGACACUUCAGACGACAAUUGAAAUUACAUACAUAUGGAAAGCUGUCGACCAGCUUGACCAUGGGACUGACACCUGCAAUCAUCAUCAGUGCUUCUCAUGCUAUGUUUGUCACCCAUGAUAUAUUCCUCAACAAAACACAAUGUCUUCUGUGUCUGCAGCAGAAAGCCAUAUUUCUUGAAGUUGCAUUUGGAUUCACUUAUCCUUUGGUACUCUCACCACUCGCCAAUUUCCUGCACUCAACUAGACAUGGAACAUAUAGAUUGCCCCACUGGGGUGACUACAAAGGAACCAUAAAACUUUGGUGGAAAUUCGUCAAGUCUGCGAAAGAAAAAUUCCUAGUCGUAAUCUUAUUCCAAGCAUUGGCAGCUGCAUUCAUUACCUAUAAGGAGAAGGAGUCUCUCCUCAACAUCCAGCUGAAAAUGUUGUCUGCAGAGGCAGAGGUUCUUGAAUCGAGAGCCAAGAAAAAACAGAAACAAUCCUCAGUACCAGAGGAACCCAAUUGACCCACGAGACUGUACAUCCUAAUCCGCAUUUCAUUUCGUUAAUAAAUCGUUUUCUAGUUGUUUUAAAAUAAUAAUUCCUCAAUUUUCAGUAUGAAAAUUUUCCUUUAUUUAUACUCACUGUGAUACACGGUGCUAUUAUUGAUAUAUUUGAUAUAUUUAUGUUAUUCUCGGGAAAAAUUACAAAUUUUUCCUGUGAAACAUUUAUUUCCAUUAUUUAGCUAGAGAUGAAAUAGCAAUGUUUGAGUCUCGAUUAUUAACCGAAGAAAUUAUAACCCAAGCAUCAGACACUA